AUGACAACAACAACAUUGCUUGAUAAACCAUUAGAUGAUCUAUGUCGUGAAAUAACUGAUCUUCGACAAAUUAAAAUUCUACGUGAUUAUAAUAUGAAUAAAUUAUGUUCAAUAAUAACUGUAUCAAGAGAUUCAUUGAAAGAAACUGAAAAAUUUCAACAACAAAUUUUAAAACAAUUACAACAAUUUGAAAUAUCAUUAGCUGAUAUUAAUGAUAUUUUACGUGCUAAUAGUGAACAAAAAAUAGAACUUGAACAACAACAACAAUCAGGUGAUGAUGUCGACAUUCGAGCUAAAUUAAUGGCAUUGAAUGCUGAAGCAUUAGAAUGUCGUGCAGCUUCUGUACAAUUACAACUAGAAGCAAGAAUGGUAUUAAGUAAAGCAACUGAAAUAGAGAAACGUGCUAAUGAUGAAUUAGCACAGCAAGCACUUGAAAUGAAAAUAAAACAGCAAGAAAUCGAAAGAAAUCGUGCUGAAGAAUAUGAAAGACGUGCACGAUUAGAAGAAGAACGACAACGAUUGAAAGAACUUCAACAAAAACAACAAGAACAAGAACGUUUAUUAGCAAUGACAAAAAAUCAUUCACAUGAAGAUGAAUAUGCUCAUUGGUCUGUACGAGAGUUCAUGAAUGAUAAUCAAUAUCCACCAUGUAUUAUACGAACUUCGUCUAAUGCUUCUUCAAUGCCAAUUAAUGUCAAAUAUCUAACUGUUCCUGAAACAGAAAAUUUACUUGAUAGUCAAGAAGAACUUAUUAGUACACCAAUAAAUAUUAAAUUUGAUUUAACUACAAAUGAUCAGAAAUUCAUAAUACUUGCUAUUCCAUUUAUUUUUAAACGAUCAUCUCAUCGUGAAAAUGUUAUUAAAAUUCGUCAAUCGAAUGGUGUAUGGAUAUCUACUGAAACUAAUGAAUCAAACUUCGAUUUACAUAAAGAAAAACGUUUUGUUGAAUGUAAAUUAAAUGAAUCUUCCAUAUGUGCAGUAGUGUCACGUUUAAAACAUGAUACAAUAUUAAUACAAAAACAAUUAUCUGGUCGAUAUGUAUCAAAUGCUGAUCCACGUUUUACACUUCAUUGGCCAAAAGAUGUUUCACAAAAUGAUUUUUCUAUUGAUAUUUGUGUUCAACCUGUUGAUUUACCAACAUUUGCACAAUUUUCACAACAUUUUUCACAUGAAUGUCAAGGUUUAUUAGCUGUUGGACCAAUUAUUGAACUUAAUUUUGAUGAAAUCAAUUUAUUGAAACCAAUUCAAUUUACAUUACCAAUAUUAAUACAACCCAAAAAGAAACCAAUACCACCAAAAACAAUACCAACAACAAACGAUGAAUCAAAUAUUCUCCCACAACCUACAAUUAGUCAACCAUCUCAACAAGAAAUGAUUGCUCAGCAACAACAAUUAAUUUUUAAAUCAAUGCUUGGUGAAGAUUUAAGUAAUGAACGACUUGUUCUUCUUUAUUCGGGUUCUAACGAUAAUACAUGGCAUAUUGAUACAGAUAUUCAACUUAUUGAUUCGAAAACACAUGAUAUAAUUACAACUGAUAUACAAUAUUUACAUAGUCGAAUAAUAGUUGCACGAUGUGAUAAACAAUUAAUGUCACUAAAACAAUUACCAACAACUAUUUGUUUACUUGAACAAACACUUAAUCAACGAUCUGCUACAUUAUUUCUUCGUCGUCGUUUAACAAAUCCAAAUGAAAUAUGUCUUGUAUGUUGUUCAGGUCAACGUGCAGAUAUUGUUGAAAAUGAAAUUCAACAAGAAAAUUAUUCAACUGAAAAUGAACAAGUAAAAGAAAUUAUUUUAGAAGAAGGACAAAUAUUAGAAUUACGUUUUCGUGGUAAUAUUAUACCGAAGAAUAAUGAUCAACAAUCAGUUCAAUUUGCAUUUAAUACAUAUUUUCCAUUUUAUUUUGAAACAAAUGUAUCUGAAAUAGAUAAAUAUUCUCAACAUUUAUCAUCAUAUUUUUAUGGAUUUAUACAAAUAUUUUCUAAACAAAAAUUUUUACGAAAUGCAAUGAAAGAAAUUGAUAAGAAAAAACAACAAUCAGAUAUUGUCAAACAAGAAUGGCAGGAAACUGAUAUUUGUCUUGCUGAAUUACUUGUUACUUUACCAAAACCACCUACAGAAAUUCGACCACCUAUACAAAAAAGUUUGACAACAUUUACUGGUGAAGGAGUCUUAACACCAACACUCUUUCGUGAUAUGUCAGCAAGUUUAGUUGGUGAUGAAUGGCGUCGAUUAGCACGCCGUUUAGGAAUGACACGUAUACGUAUUGAAGCUGUUGAACGUGAUUAUCAUGAGGAUGCUCCAUAUUAUAUGUUACUUGCAUGGCUUAAACGUGUACCACGUUCAUCAGAUAAAGUUUUAUUAUUAAUUCAUGCUUUAACAAAUAUAAAUCGAUGGGAUUUAGCUCAAGAUUUGCAAUCAAUUAAAGAUGAUAAACGUUCGGAACAAGGAACAUUUUCAAAAGAUGAACAAUUAAAAUUAUUUCGAGCACCAUUUAUUCGUAUUUGUCAACGAGAUGAAUGUGUUCGAAUAUGGAAACAAUUAGCAAGAGAAUUAAUGUUAACGAAUGAAGUUAUUCAACAUAUUGAACAACAAUAUCCAUCAAAACAUGAAAGAUGUUUAAGAAGUUUAGAACAUUGGGCUUUAAAUCAAACACGAGCUGAUAUUCCAUGUUUAGCUAGAAUAAUCAGAACACUUGGCUUUAAGCCUCUUGCUCGUGAAAUUGAAAAUAUGGCUUAA